UAGUCUCCCCUGACGUUGACGCAACACGUCUAUGGGCUCCGCUUGUACAUAAGCCACUCCUAACGACGCUGACAGUGGCGAGAUGCUACAAAGCAACAAGUGAAAAGAAAUUUAAAGGGCAAGGUGCUUGGUGUGAAGUUAUCAUUUCUUGUCUUCAUCUCAGUCACAUCAUGCCACACAAGACAUCCUUUCACAUUCAGUAUGGUGAUGCUAUCUUAUUUGAGUCAUGGGUUCUUCACUCAAAGAAAGAGGCUUUUUUAUCUGCCCUUGCUCUGGUUGUCUUGGGAAUAGCUUACCAGGGUUUGAAGUGUCUUCGACAUCGGCUUGGGCGCAAAUGUCCUAACGUAAAUUGUAGGCGCUACUUCCUGAACACCGCUCACCUGAUUCAAACAUUGCUGUACCUGGUGCAGUUCAUUGGUGGUUAUGUUUUAAUGCUGGCAGUCAUGACGUACAAUGUGUGGCUUCUGGUGGGAGGUGUGGUGGGUCUUGGCUUGGGCUACUUCUUCUUUGGCUGGCUAGAGGAGGACUUGAUUCGUCCAGCUCUGCUGGUUGUACCCAAAAAUAAGUGUGGUCUGGUGGACACUCUUGACUGUGGCUUUCAAGGCAAGGGGCAAGAAUUGCAGCCCUUGAGCAAAGCAGAUGGUGGUGGCGCAGCAGGAGAUGGGUCCAUUGCAUGCCAGUGCAACGAGACUCUUAUUACUAGAAUGUGAAUGAGAUAAUGUGCGUGCACACACACAGACAGACAUACACUUAUUUUUAAGAGAACUGAAGACAAGGCAACACUUUUCCAUCAUGAAUUUGUUUCACUAUAAUAGUGCCAACCUCUUUUUUUUGGAGCCAGGUAUUUUAUGAUAUUGUAAAAUAGCUAUAGUCAGGAUUACUGAUAUUUACAUCUGUCAUUCAAUUAUAACAUGUCUAUUUCUAAUCAUUUAGCAUACCUGGAAUUUAUAGUCUCCUUUUAGUUUAACUUAAAAUAACUUUUGUUUGUAAUAGAUAUAAAGCUAAGCUGAAAACAAUAUUUUAGUUCCAACCACAAGUUUUCAAUUUUUAUAGGGUAUUGUAUUGACUGACAAAAUUUAGUGCUUGGAAAAGGUGCAAUAUAUUUGAGUUUUCUUAGAAUAGCUUUAGCAUCUUUAGUCAUAUGAUGGAGAUCGCUGAUAGGAGAGUGUAGAACUUCUAUGAGGAAAUACCUAUAUUUACACCUCAUUUAGGAUCCAGGUUUAUGCAUUCCUGGUAGCUUAUCAUAUGAAGAAGCUCAUGAAUAUGAGACAAACCUUCAGUCAAAGUUAACAUUUGGUUAGCUUUUAAUUUCACGUAGCUUUUUUAAAAAAUCUUUUGUCUUUGCUUUGUAUUUCUCUCUCCUUUUUUUUUUUUUGGUCACAUUUUCAUGCUGUGGUGUAAUUCCUUCAUCUGAUUCAAUACAUUGACAAUUCCUUAUUCACUUAUUUGUUUUAAUGCACCAGACACUCUUAUUUUGCUGCUAAUGUUAAUAUAAUUUAUGCUUAUAUAUUUAAAUCAAACAUUGCUUUUGCUUCACAAUAAAAAUCCUUCUCAGUAAUUCUUACGAACUACUUUUAAAAAUUCAUUUGACAUUUGGUUCUCAUCAAUCCACUACUUUGUAAAAGGUCUUUUAUUUUACUUUGUAAUCCAAGUGUAAUCCAAAUAAUGAACUACUACCGACUCUUUCAUUACCGCCAGAACAAUCAUUUUAAGAUGUACAAUUUCUAAGAUGACAGUUUUUCACAUGUACAGGAAGUGAAAUUCAUGCAUAUUUCUGUAACUAAAAAUACAGAAUCUGACCCACUGACAAACUCUUAUCAUAAAAAAUAUGUCUAUUUUAUCAUACAAGGUAGGCUCUAACCACAGUCCAUGAGUUUUAAAACUCAAGCUAAAGAGAUAUAAGGGCUUUGUGCUUUGUAUUUUUUUUGUCUUAAAAAUUUGUUUUGAUUAUUAAAGUUUCACUGUCCUGGAAAGAAACUCUGAUUGCUGGAAUCACCAGCCUGUUUUCCUGGGACCAUAGUUAUAAAACAAGGGUAAGUUAUUGUUCUUGGGCAACAUGGGAAACUCAAUGGCUAUGUUAUUAUAUAGCUUGAAAUGAUUUUUUUUAAUACAGUUUUUUAUAACCCCUAUCUAUCUUUUAAUGGUUAGAUCAUUGGCCAUGGAGGCUUUGAUUAUUAGUGCAUGCAACUUCACAAUGGAAGAUUGUUGGUACAAGGCCGCUUUAGGCUUUUUACUAAAAAAUACAGUCCUGCCCAUCCAGCAAUACCGGAUACCUGAUUAAUCUGGAAAUGUAAAAGAUGGCAGAAGAUGUUGGAACUCCUUCCUUCUGCAUGCAAUAUUCUAACUGAUGAACCACUCACAGCUCACUGCCUGACAGCUGUGGGACCGUUGUUUUAUUUGUUGAGUGUUAUAUUUAUAUAGAUUAUUGAUUUUUUUAGGUUUGGUUAUUAUAUUGGAUAUUACUGCUGUUUAGAUUGUAUAUUCAUACAUUUUUAUUUAUUGUAGCAAUCAGGUUGAAAUCAAGGAAUGCUCGAAGUAUAAUAUUGGAGUUUCAAUGAUAUUAAAAGAUUUCACCACUGCCAGCAUCAUUAUCAUUGUCAGUGUUUCCAUCAUCAUCUUACUUUUGGUCAUGCACAUUGAGAACUGCUUUAUGGAUAGCUUGUUCACAAACUAUUGCCAUUUUGAGGAACUUGCUAUUUGUGAUGGGUACUUAUGCUUUUUUUCUUUUUGAGAAUAGUUAUCUAUCUCAUAUGUAUCUUUUGUUUUCUUUUUGAGAAUAGUUAUCUAUCUCAUAUGUAUCUUUUGUAUCCAUAUGUACACCAUGGGAAAAAAUGUUGAUAAAGCACAUGCUCUCAUAAGAUCAAUAUUGGACAAUAUUAUUCCAUCUGGUCAUGGUUUAUGAGUUGUAUUAUAUUUCAGAAUUAUGCUUUGUUCUUGAAAUCUCCAGUUCUUGUCUCUGCUACUAGUUGGUACUGAAACUGAAACAGUAUGCUAUAAAGUGGCAAUAAAACAUCACAGGGCACAACAAAACUUAAUGGCUUUCUCAUUGCUACUUGUCAUCCCUUCAAUUACUGACUUACCCUGCAUGGUUUCAUCAAACAUGUAAAUAUUGGAAAACAGUGAUGUUGGAGCAAAAUACUUUUCUUUUAAUUUGUCAAAGAUUAGUAACAUUUGAUUAUACUGACCAGCUGGCAUCGAUACAACACAUUCUCAAACCCAUUUUCUCCCCCCCCCCUUUCUCUCACACACAUGCACGCAUAGAUUUUUUUGUGUGUGGAAAGCAUGACUAGUGAACAGAUUUUGGCGAUUUUUAAAAGAUCUGAUAGAGAUUUCAUAUUUCAGUGAAAGUCAACAUCACACAUUAUAUCUUAUGUAUUUUUGCAUAUCUGUGAUGAAUUUUGGUGUUACACCAAUUUAAAUACCAUGACCAGCCCAAAGGGUACACUCCUUGCUUUGGGUUUUCUUUUUUCCUUCUCACCAUUGAAUGAGCCAUGAUGAUAACUUGGCAAAUACAUGACAGAUAAGAUUUACACAGCGAUUAAUACGUUCUCAAAGCCAUAAGCACCAAAAUCAUUUAUCUUGAUGCCCAGAUAGAUCAGAGUAACCACAGGUAGAUGAUCAAAACAGUUUAAAAUGAAUUAAAGAGUGCAUUGAUAAUUAGUAUUCUCCUCCUUGAAAGUUAAACAGUUUUAAUCUUGUAUUGCUUUUUGACAAUAUCACCUUAAGUCCUGAAAAUGAUGUUUAAGAGCAUCUAUAAUGUAUUUAUUUAAAUUUGACUUUGUUUAGUCUAUAGCACAGUUGUUUGAAGUGUGUUGUCAAAAGGAUCUGUUUAUGGAAACUGUUUUAGAAAGGUGUACUAAAAAUUUUAUUGCUCAUCGUUUUAACCAUAAAGCUUUGCAACCCUGUGUCAUCACUGUUGAAGAUGCAUGCAACAUUGUUGUUGAACAUUAUUGUCAUUGGGUAUUACACUAUUUAUGGCAUUAUGCAUACUUGUGGUAACAUACAAAACUGUUGAUAACAAUAUAAAGGCCAGUUUAUUUUUUGUAAAAUAUUGACUUGGCUUUUUAAUUUUAGUGAGGUGUAAACCUCAGGCACACUUGAUGGAUGUCAAAAAAAGUGCUGUUUAUAUGGCAUUUGUUCAUAUAUAUUUCAACAGUUGAGAAGGUACAAGGACAGAAUGCAAAGUGGAGGGAUAGGGAAAAGUUUUGGAGGUGGGAAAAGCAGUCCUUGUUCAACAUUUCUUUUUCUCUUUUACAGUCAGUGUGAAUCUUAAAAAUCCACAUUACAUAUAUGCAUUGCUUGUUCCUUUAUGUUGGGUCGUGGAUCUUAAUAAUAAUAAAUUAUAAAUAGUUUGAAUAGGUUAGGACAUUUUGCAGGAUACUCGUUUCCUUUCAUCAAUACAGCUAUACACUUAAAAAAGAUCUUGGACAAGUUGAUUGCAGAGGUAAUUUCAGAUUUUUGUUCUGUUAUUUGUUGUGCUUUAUGUUGCAAUAUUUAAAAAAUGGUUUUGCCAUGAGCCUUAGAUCUGUGUUGUUUCAACAAGCCUCUAGCAGUAGGUGAUGGAGAAGACCAGUAUUUAAAAAAUUAAUAAUUAUUAGAUAAACAUUAUUUUGAUAAUGUUUUUAAUAUUUAAUGUUAACAUUUAUUCUUCCUUGUUUGGAAGCAGUCAGCUGCUUUUUUAUAUUUGUGUGUAGUGGGAAAUAAAUGUGGAGGUUAAAAUGGU